UCCAAAGAACAAGGCGUGCGCAAACAGAAGCAGUGUUGCUGUUGUUUUUUAAUCGAGCCGGUUUAUUUUUUCCUUCUUUAUUUAAUAUCAUUCAAUAACUGGACUCAUAGGUGUAAACGACUUUAAACGUACAUCUUCAAGAACGAGAUGGCAAGAGGAGAGGGCGCAGAGCAGUACUCCAAUGCCAGUCUGCUUCAAAAACCCAGCCCAGACGGAAUCAAACUGGCAGCAAAGUGUGAAUCAAGGAGCCGGUUGUCAGUAUGCAGCAAGUUGUGUUAUGCCAUUGGAGGAGCACCAUAUCAGAUAACGGGAUGUGCAAUCGGCUUCUUCCUUCAGAUAUACCUGCUGGACGUUGCUUUGUUGGACCCAUUUUAUGCCUCCAUCAUCUUGUUUGUGGGUCGAGCAUGGGAUGCCAUCACAGACCCUACGGUGGGCUUUCUAGUCAGCCGGAGUCCCUGGACCAGAUUUGGACGAAUGAUGCCCUGGAUUUUGCUGUCUACCCCAUUUGCCGUGCUAUGCUAUUUCCUCAUCUGGUACGUGCCAUCUGUUGAGCAAGGCAAGGUUGUUUGGUACCUGAUCUUCUACUGCUCCUUCCAAACAUUACAGACAUGCUUCCACGUACCGUAUUCUGCACUUACCAUGUUUAUCAGCACUGAGCAGAAGGAGAGGGAUUCGGCCACAGCCUACCGAAUGACUGUUGAGGUUUUGGGCACGCUCAUUGGCACCGCAGUUCAAGGACAGAUUGUGGGAAUGGCUAACGCUCCUUGUAUUAGCACCAGUGAGGAGUUGAACUCCACAGAUCUGCUGGUGGCUUCCACGGUCAACAUCACUGGGCCUCAUGCUUCACUGGAGCAUCUGAGAAAUGCUUACAUGAUCGCAUCUGGUGUCAUCUGCUCCAUUUAUGUCGUCUGUGCCAUGGUCUUGUUCCUUGGUGUGAAAGAACAAAAAGAGACCUGCAGGGUUAGGACUGAGCCCAUGUCAUUCUUUCAGGGCAUUCGUAUGGUGAUGGGCCACGGUCCAUAUGCCAAGCUGGUCAUGGGCUUCCUCUUCACCUCUCUGGCUUUUAUGCUUCUGGAAGGAAACUUUGCACUCUUUUGUAGCUACACCCUUGGCUUUAGAAACGACUUCCAAAACAUCCUUCUCGUCAUUAUGCUCUCCGCCACGCUUGCUAUCCCAUUUUGGCAGUGGUUCCUCACUAAAUUUGGCAAGAAGACUGCCGUGUAUAUUGGGACUACAUCUGUGGUGCCUUUCCUGGUCUCCGUCGUCUUGGUGCCAAGCAAUCUUAUUGUGACAUACAUUGUGUCCUUUGCCGCUGGAGUCAGCGUUGCAGCGGCCUUCCUCCUGCCAUGGUCCAUGCUCCCCGACGUUGUGGAUGAUUUUAAAGUCCAAAAUCCUGAAUCUCAAGGCCAUGAAGCCAUCUUCUGCUCCUUCUAUGUGUUCUUCACCAAGUUUGCAUCUGGAGUUUCCUUGGGGGUCUCAACUCUUAGUCUUGAUUUUGCUGGCUAUGUGACGAGAGGUUGCACGCAACCCGCCGAAGUCGAUUUAACCUUGAAGAUCCUGGUAUCUCCUGCUCCGAUAGUCUUGAUCAUUAUCGGGCUGCUAAUAUUCAUCUCAUAUCCAAUCAACGAGGAAAAGAGACAAGGCAACCGCAAACUACUUAAUGAACAACGAGAAAAUGAGACUGACUCAGAAACAGACUCCACUGAGCUCAAUGUGGUUUAAGAGCACCGGAAACCUAGACUGGACAUCGUGCCAUUUGUGUCACAUCAACAGAGAUAAAACAAACCGAGCGGAUGCUUUGAACCAACCAUGCUGCCUUGUGGCUGAAAACUUCCACCCAUAUCACCCCUACACAACCACAAAUCAACUUGAAACAUAGCCUUUUUCCAGCUCAAUUUCAAAGUGCCUUGCCAUUUCCAGUUGCAAGUGCUAAUGGCUGCUACAAACGUUUCCCUGAGUUGCACAAAACCGAAAGGCAGGCUUGUGUGUGUCGCCAGUAUUUGUGCUGCUCGCUGGUAUAGGAUCUCAAAGCGGUGUCCAAAAAAGCCAGUUUUUGAUAAGCACACAUCUAAAGUGCACUAAAAAAUGAUCUGAGGUGGGACAUGUCUACCGUCUACUUGAAACACUUAAUAACGUUUUUAGGUGCUAAAACCAAAAAUGCAUUUCAAUCACGAUUGAAAGGUACAUUUUGGGAGGAAUAUCUGUGAAACUGUACACAACGUGAGUAAUA